GGAUUCUUUGGUAAUCCAGUUCAUCAAUGAACUGCAUAAAUUCAGGACAGAACUGGAUGCAUUCAGGCAUGUGGACACUUGGUGGAUGCAGUCUGGAAAAAGGCAGAGCAAGAUGGACAGGACCUUAGAAUCUCUACAACAUAUAAUUUCCCAAGUCCUUCCUCACAGAGACCCAACACUUGCUUUUAAAGACUUGAAUGUGGUGGCAAUGCUUCAGGAAUUCUGGGAGAGCAAACAGAAACAGAAAGGCGUGUUUUCAAGUGAGGGCAUCAUGGUAUAUGAGACUCUCAACUCCCCUGGGCCUCCGUUUGUGAGUUAUGUCACCCUGCCUGGAGGAAGUUGUUUUGGUAACUUUCAGUAUUGCCUGAGCAGGGCAGAAGCAAGAAGAGAUGCUGCCAAAGUGGCUCUGAUCAAUUCUCUCUUCAAUGAGUUGCCUUGUCGCAGGAUCACAAAGGAAUUUAUUAUGGAGAGCAUUCAAGAAGCGGUUUCCUCAACCAGCGGUACUUUAAAUGAUGCAGAUGAUCCGAGUACAAGUAUUGGAGCCUACCAUUACAUGCUGCAAUCAAAUGUGGGGAAAACAAUGCUGGAGUUUCAGGAACUGAUGAUAGUCUUUCAACUACUGCAUUGGAAUGGAAGCCUCAAAGCUCUGCGUGAAACAAAAUGUUCUCGUCAAGAGGUGAUUUCCUACUAUUCCCAAUACAACUUAGACGAAAGGAUGAGAAGUCACAUGGCUCUGGACUGGCUUAUGAAGGAGCAAGAAACCCCAGGCAUAAUUUCGCAAGAAUUACAAGUGGCACUGAGGGAGCUGGAAGAAACUAGAAAAGCUGGACAAGAGCUGCGGUUUUACAAAGAGAAAAAAGAGAUAUUGGGUUUAGCGUUAAGUCAGCUCUACAGUGAUCGUGAUGCCACCUCUUCCAAUGAUGAUCGUAUGAGUUUAGUCCUAAGUGGUUAUCGCUAGGCAAGUUUGCUUGACUGGGUGGUCACAUGCUAAGCUUUGAUAGUUCAAAUGAACAUAAAAUAACUGUUUCUGUUCUGUUCAGUCGCAAAGUUGUGCCUGACCCUUCAUGACCCCAUGGGCAACAUUCCUCCAGGCUCUCCUCUCUUCCAG